CUCAACCACAGCAUCCACACGUGCUCUCUCCCGUGAGACAAGCAGCCUUCCAACACUGCAAAGCUCCUCCGCAGGCGCAACCAGCACAGUAGGCCAUGUGAGUUCCAGCACAGCAUCCGCCAGUUCUGCCUCGGCAGAAGCUCAUGUCUCCCCAACCACGCCCAGACCGACACGCACUGCACACACCCAUGCACCCCCACACAGCGCCUACACACAGACCACUUCCGGGGUGAGUGAGGCUACCACAGGCGUCUUGUCCACUAGUGCUCUCCCCGGGGGUAUGCAGAGCUUGAAAACAACGCGCACCACGGAACUGAGCGACGGGAGCGUAACCUCACGUUCUACCACCUCUUCGGGGGUAACUCCCAGCACUACCUCACAGGCUAGUAGUACCGUGCAUGCUCCCGCCUCAACCACAGCAUCCACACGUGCUCUCUCCCGUGAGACAAGCAGCCUUCCAACACUACACAGCUCUGCCGCAGGCGCAACCAGCACAGCAGGCCAUGAGAGCUCCAGCACAGCAUCCGCCAGUUCUGCCUUGGCAGAAGCUCAAGUCUCCCCAACCACGCCCAGCCCGACACGCACUGCACACACCCAUCCACCCCCACACAGCACCUCCACACAGACCACUUCCGGGGUGAGUGAGGCUACCACAGGCGUCUUUUCCCCUAGUGCUCUCCCCGGGGGAAUGCAGAGCUUGAAAACAAAGUGCACCACGGAACUGAGCGACGGGAGCGUAACCUCACGUUCUACCACCUCUUCGGGGGUAACUCCCAGCACUACCGCACAGGCUAGUAGUACCGUGCACGCUUCCACCUCAACCACAGCAUCAACAAGUGCUCUCUCCCGUGAGACAAGCAGCCUUCCAACACUACACAGCUCCACUGCAGGCGCAACCGGCACAUUAGGCUAUGUGAGUUCCAGCACAGCAUCUGCCAUUACUGCCUCGGCGGAAGCAGAACUCUCCCCAACCACACCCAGCCCGACACACACUGCACACACCCAUGCACCCCCACACAGCACCUCCACACAGACCACUUCCGGGGUGACUGAGGGUACCACAGGCGUCUUUUCCCCAAGUGCUCUCCCCGCGGUAACGCAUAGCUUCAGAACAACGCCCACCACAGUAGAGAGCGAUGCCAGCGUAGCCUCAGCUUCUACCACCUCCUCGGGGGUAACAACCAGCCCUCCCUCACAGGCUAGUAGCCCCGUGCCCGCUCCCGCCUCAACCACAGCAUCCACACGUGCUCUCUCCCGUGAGACAAGCAGCCUUCCAAGUCGACACAGCUCCCCUGCAGGCGCAACCGGCACAUUAGGCCAU